AUGAUGGCACCGAGGGCACCCGAAACCACCACAGCACCAUUCCACCCGCGCUGGGCCGGCAUGGGAAUGGAUCGCCUGUUCGAGAGGGCGGAUCCGGUCGGUACCAAUACUUGUGGCUACAUCUCGGGAACCAGCAGCUAUUACGCAUUGACUUGCGAUGAUAUCUACACCUGCACCAAUUCGGGUUCCUAUCGAGGCUGCUGCAGUUCCAGUGCCUGCUCAGCAUCGACAAACUUCUAUACGGCAUGUUAUGAUGCGACGGCAGCCGAAUGCUCAGCGACAAGUUUAGGUUCCAAUUCCAUCUGUUGCAAUAUUGCAACUGAGUAUCCUUACUGCGUAACAUAUCUCUGGUCCACAUCUGUCUCACCAGGUCAGCUGUUCACCGAGUUUAACUGCGACCGGUCUGCCUUCUCGGGGCAAUACUUCCUCGCCGCCACCUCACCCUCCACCACGUCUACCUCAUCAGCGACCACUCGCUCAGGCACCUCCGCCUCGGUGACAAUCAGCAGCAGCGCCGCCGCAGUAGUCACACCGGACUCGUCAUCUUCUUCAAGCAGCGGCAGCAGUACUAACACGGGCGCCAUUGCGGGCGGUGUCGUGGGCGGUGUGGUUGUCUUGGCCCUCAUUGGCUUAGGCGUCUGGUUCUUGCUACGGAAGAAGAAGUCCGUCGACAACGACAACACAUCACCGCCCACUCAGCCACAGCCGGAUAUGGCACAGUCUGCAGGCUAUCCCUCGCCUCCGCCACCCGGCACUCCGGGCUACGACCCGCGAUUCAGUUUCGCCGCUGCACACAGCCAGAUGAGCCCAACGACGCCGGGAUAUCCGAGUCCGCAGGGUACUCCCAGCCCGUACUAUGAUCCGCAAUUAGGAGGCUAUUAUGGGGCUCAGAAAUCGGAGCAGGGGCAUAAUGCUAGCUUUAUGUAUGCGCAAUCGACAGGCGGCCAGGCCGGCAAGGAUAUGCCUGGCCAUGAUGGAUCUAUAGCAGCGGGACCCGCGGUUCCGCACCACUAUGCGGAAAUGGAUGGGCAGAAUCCGGUUGGGACUAUUGGCAAUAGAGCGGAGCUGUCGUAG